AUGGAACAAGACAGACUUUUCAGAUUUCAACCUUUCAAACUUCCAAACUCAACUGCAUUAAGAUCAAUUGGUGUUUAUACAUCUGGUGCAUUAUAUGCUAUAGGAUUUUGGGCAUUCAUUGAUGCAGUUAUAUAUAGUAAGACUGUGAAUGCUUCAGAUGUUCAUGUUACAUUUGUUGAUUGGAUUCCAAUAAUUUGUUCAACAUUAGGGAUGCUGAUUGUUAAUUCAAUUGAAAAAAACAAACUAUUGAAUGAUGCCUUAGGUGGUGGUUCAAGUUUCGGUGGCUCAAGCUCAACUACAUGGCAAGCUCGUGUUAUCUUAUUCUUAGGUUUUAGUUUGUUGGCUGGUGGUAUUGCUGGCUCAAUUGUUGUUUUAAUUUUGAAAUUCUUAAUCAAACAUUACACUUUCCCAACUUUAGGUAUGGGUGUUUCAAAUGUUGUUGCAAAUGGUUCAAUAAUGUUGAGUUGUAUUGUUUUAUGGAUUGCUCAAAAUAUUGAAGAUGAGUACUCUUACUCUUUGGCUUUAUAA